GAGAGAGAGAGAGAACCUAUGGUGAUGCCUGACGCUGCUCCUGCUUUUUGAGAUGCAGUUUGAAGCAGGGCUACUACAUCUUCUGAAUGUGUUCCUGAUGCGGCAGAGGUGAGACUACAGCAUCAUGUUGGACCCUCCGGACCACGGCCAGGAGAUUGUGGAGUGGCUGUCCAGCCUCCGCCUGUCCCAGUAUACCCCGUAUUUCCACCAAGGAGGCUAUCAGGCUCUGGAGGACUGCAAGGACCUCACCGAUGAUCAGCUCCUGGGGCUGAAAGUGUUUCCGACGGGCCAUCGUAGGCGCAUCCUCCGAAGUCUGGAAGCGCUGGGGGUGAGGGAGACGAGCGGUGGAGAGGAAGAUGAUGAGGAAGAGGGAGAGGCGAAUGGGAUGCACCGUAGGAUGCCUGUACCUCACCCGAGACACAUCUUCCUGACGGACAAAAAGAGGGGGAACUCGUAUCAGCAUCAGCAAAAGCCGAGGAGGGAUAACGAGAUUGAGGGGAGUCAGACUUUGCCUCCAGGAGCCGGACUGGGAACACAAACGGAGGACGUCCAAGAGACCAGAUGCCUUCGCCCGCCUCAACCGGCACCGCGCAAUCCCCAGAACAUCCAAACAUCUCCACCCGAACAUACCAGUGUCUCCGCCUUCGUGUCCUCUAGCAGCAGCAGCAGCAGUGAGUCCCUCUCCAUAUCCGAAAUUCCCUCUGACUGGGAGAUUUCCUCAGAGGAUCCCUUUGUGUCCAGCGCCGACUCUUUCCGCUCUACGGCCGAAGUCGCCUAUCCAGAGCUCACUGAAGACAAUGUGGUUUUUCAAGGUGACAUGGUGGACAACUCCAUCUACGAGGCACAGCCCUAUUUUAAGGUUCCUGUAGGUCCGAAGCUCACUCGCUCCUACCGACUGAGGCACCGGCCCGUCCCUAAAAUCCCGAAUCUGACCAUCCUGCCCCUUCCGAACAGGGGCGCGCAACCAGCGCAAACAACCGGCCCUGAACACCCAACUGGCUCCGAAGGUCCCACCGGUGCAAGCAGCAUACAGAAAGCUCCACUUCAAAGAACCUUGACGCCUAUUGCUCCCUACGGAGAACUGUUCCUGUACAACAACCCCGAAAGCACUCCGGACCAAGGUGCUAAAGAAGGGCUACAGAGGUGCUUUAAGGACAAGAUAAAGCCGAAGAAACAGAGGAAAAAGAUGCCUGAACGAAAAAUAUCCAAAGAAAAAGGUCCUCCCCCUGCUCCACCUGUCCCAGACCCCCACAAAGACGAAUACUCAACAGUGGAGGAGUGUGUCAGCACUUUGCCGCGAGCCGCUUUGAACCAGGGCUUUCCAGUGAACCCUGAGGGCCUUGCUGUGGGACCAUCAGCCUCUGGCCCUAAGGAUGGAUCUUUAAUGAUGGUGGAGUGUGAACUCUACUCUGAUCCUGCGGACGCUCUGACCAGCGAUGCGCUGCCUGAUAUUUCUCCGUACGCUUGCUUCUACGGAGCCCCCAAACACCAGGUGCUCAAAGUGGGUUGGCUGGACAAGCUGUCACCUCAGGGAAAUUGUGUUUUUCAAAGGAGGUGGGUGAGAUUCGAUGGAGAGAACCUGGCCUACUACAACAACGACAAGGAGAUGUACUCCAAAGGUAUGAUCCUGGCCAGUGCUGUCAGACAGGUGCGAGGACUCGGCGACAACAAGUUCGAGGUAGUCACCGCCCUUCGGACCUUCACAUUCAGAGCUGAAAGAGAAGGGGAGCGCCAGGAGUGGAUGGAAACUCUUCAGACGGCCACGCGCCCCGCCUGCGGCUCCCAGAAGCGCUCCGACAGCCUCUCCCACCCCUCCUCCACAAACAAGCGAGGCUUGCUGGAGCUCCGCGGUUACAAAGGCAGAGUGCUGGUGUCCCUGGCGGGGAGUAAAGUCAGACUCUGCAAAACAGAACAGGACUAUAAAGCGGGCCUGGCUAUUGCUGAAGUGGAACUGACUGCUGCCAACAUUAGAGACAUGGACCGCAGGGGCUUUGAAAUCAACACACCCUUCAAGAACUUCUGCUUCACGGCCGAGUCAGAACGGGAGAAGGAGGAGUGGAUUGAAGCGGUCCAGGAAUCGAUUGCUGAGACACUCUCCGACUACGAAGUGGCAGAGAAGAUCUGGUUCAACGAGGCCAACGGGAGCUGCGCCGACUGUCGCGCCCUGCGGCCGGAGUGGGCGUCCGUCAAUCUGGGCGUGGUCGUCUGUAAAAAGUGUGCAGGGCAACAUCGCUCCCUCGGCCCGAGUAUUUCCAAAGUGCGGAGCUUGAAGUUGGACAGCAACAUCUGGAGCAAUGAGCUGGUGGAGCUCUUCCUGGAGGUGGGGAACAAGAAUGCUAACAGUUUCUGGGCUGCUAAACUUCCCUUGGAGGAGGAAGUCCACAGCGGGGCUUCGGUGGAGCAGCGAGCCACCUUCAUCCGCAGGAAGUACAGGGAGAGGAAGUACCGGAGGGUGCUGGAGGGAUUUCAAGACCUGGAGCAGCUCAACCAGGGUCUGUGUGCAGCUGUGGUGUUGCCUGACGUGCUGCAGACCAUGGCGCUGGUGUUCAGUGGGGCAGAUGUUAUGUGCACCACUGGGGAUCCGGCCUCCUCCACCCCGUAUCUCUUGGCCCAACGUGCUGGACAGAGGCUACAGAUGGAGUUCCUGCACCAGAACAAACUCUCUGACUUCCCCAGACUGGAGCAGUGGUCGGAGAGCACUUCCCUGUCUGACGUUUCCCUCUUUAUGGAUGGCUUCCUCUACAUCUCCACUGGCCCUGCAAAGACGACGCUGGACCGUCGCGGCAGAGAUGACAUGGCACAUCGUUGGUGUACGUUAGAGGGCGGCUUCCUGAGUUACUACGAGAGCGAGCGAAGCCCGUCGGCCAUCGGCAGAGUGGACGUCUCUGAGGUGGUUAGCCUGGCUGUCAGCAACACAGAGACAAUGACUGGAGCCGGGGCGGUGUUUACCGUAGAGUUGUACGUGCAGACGGAGCGAGUCCUGACUGUCGGGGCUGAAACACAGGAAACACAACGCGACUGGAUCCGGGCGCUAACAAAGUGCUUCGUCCCGUCUAAAGUCGAGGGACUGGUGCCGAAAGACGUCGAGCUGAUUGGCAGACUGCACUACAAAGAGGGCCAUGACCUGUACCACUGGAGGGCGGGCUGGUUUAUGCUGGAAGGCUCUGCUCUGCACUUCAGCCCAGGGGAGGUGGAGGGAGAGGAGGAAGUCCUUCAACUCAAACAGCUACAGGAGCUCACUGUCUCCAUGCAUACAGAGGGUGAAGACAAGAUCCAAGUCCUGCUGAUGGUGGAGGGAGGAAGAACAGUUUACAUCCACGGCUUCACCAAGAUGGACUUUGCACUAUGGCUGUCUGCCAUCACGCUGGCUGCCGGCACAGACAGCAAGGAGCUCAGCGACCAACAGCUGACUAAAAACGGGGUCCCCAUUAUAGUCGACAGUUGCAUUGCUUUUGUCACCCAGUAUGGUCUGUGCCAGGAGGGGGUCUACCAGAGACGGGACCUUGGUCGAGUGGCCCUGCUCCUGGAGGAGUUCACACGGGACGCCCGUAAUGUUAAGCUGAGGGAGAAGGAGCAGCAGCUGGAGGAUGUGACGGACACCCUGAAGAGCUUCUUAUCCCAAGCAGAGGACGCACUGCUGACCAAGGAGCUCUACCCAUACUGGGUGUCAGCUCUGGAUGAGAAGGACGAGAGGCAGAGAGUAAAGAAGUAUUCCACUUUCAUAGAGAGUUUGCCAAAGAUAAACAGGUCAACCCUUGAUGCUGUGCUCCAACAUCUGUACAGGAUUCAUCAGUGUUCCCACCUCAAUCACAUGUCCAGCGCAAAACUGGCCUCCGUCUUCUCCUCCUGCUUGUUCCAGACUCAGGGACAAACCCCGCAGGAAAUUAGAGUCGUCCAUGACCUCAUCAGCAACUACAUUACACUCUUCAAUGUCAAUGAAGACCGCGUGCAACAGAUGGAGAGAGAGAACAGCUUCAUCACACGCUGGAACGAAAAGAAGGACACCACAUUCUCUCCAGCCGGGGACCUGAUCUUUGAGGUGUACCUGGAAAAGAAAGAGCCAGAGAACUGCUGUUUAAUCAAGGUCUCUCCCAGCAUGCGAUCCAUGGAGCUUGCAGAAACGGCGCUGAGUAUGAAGAACGUCGCCUUUAGUGCCGAUGACUUCUGGACCACGUUUGAAGUCAUUGAGAACGGAGAGUUAGAGCGGCCGUUGCACGGAAAUGAGAGGAUUCUUGAACAGGUGCUGGAGUGGAGUACUCUGGACUGCCCUAGGUCUGCUUUUCUUAUUAUAAAGAAGUUUCCAGGUGCCAAAAGAGAAUCUGAAAGAAAAGACCAAACACAGCUGAUAAAAGACUAUCUGAAGUUCAACGAUGGAUCCCCCAAACUGCUGUCAGGGCACAAAUUCCAUGAUAAAUAUGUUGUACUGCAUGCAGACAAGCUGCUGCUCUACAGAGAUAUCAAGGCCACUAAAGCAGAGAAAGUAAUCCAACUUAACUCUGUGAAAUGUUACCUUGGCCUGAAGAAAAAGCUGAAACCUCCAACCAGCUGGGGCUUCACAGUCUACACUGAUAAACAACAAUGGCAUUUCUGCUGCGAGUCGAGGGAGUCGCAGGUCAGCUGGGUGACUGACAUCGUCAGGAUGAAGUUCGGUUCUGACUUCGGUUCAAAGACGGGUAACUCAAAAGAGGCUGCACAUCUCAAACCCUUCAAAGGGGCAGCUGUGACCGAAAGCCAAAAGAUCACACACAACCGCGACACCAGCAAACAGAUGACAGAAAAGAAGAUUUCUGUUGUCGAUGGCAACCCAAGGUCCACCAAGGACGCCACUCUCCCCCACAAGACAAACACCACGGCCAACGGGGCGAAGCACAAAGACUUGCUCAAGGCCCCAGAAGUCUCACAAAGAAGAACCUCUGUGGACGCUGGCGGGCCUCGACGCCUCCCGUCCCCGUCCCCAUAUCCGUCCCUGCCCCUCCGCCACUCCCCGUCCAGCACCCAGCCCCUGGCUUUGCCUGUCCCCCCUCAGAGUGGCUGUAAGCCCCUCGGCAGGAGACCUGUUCGGGCUGCGGAGGCCAUAAUGCCUCCUAGUCUGAUGAAUGAACUCAACUCGGUGCUGAGCAAGAAUAUUCGCAGCACCAAGAGCAACGAUUGACAGGAAGUCAGAAGAAAGAGAGGUACCUAAAGAAAGGUCGGUUUGAACCGUGGGACAAACAUUCCAGAAAGAUGCAGAGAAAGAGCACACGAUGCAGAUGGAACCAAAGUAAGUUGUAUUCAUUAGGGGGGUUUCAUAGCCUGAAGACUGCUUCUGAACUUGGAUAUAAAGGAUGCCGAUACACAGGGGGAUGUGGGAAAACAGGUGUAGAAGACAUUGGAGGUCAUGCAGACCUCAGCUGGACAUGGCACUGACCCAAGCACUACAAAGCGUGAUUUAUAUGCCGCUCUUCUAAAACAUACUAAAAGUAUGUUUGACUGUCAAACCACAGAAGUUUCCAGAAAUACUCCAAAGGGCUUGCAUCAUGCGUUUAUGUCUGCAGUUACUUUGAAAAUGCUGUUGACUACAUUUUAAUCCUUAUUGAGUAACGCUUUUUUUUUAAUUAACAUGUUGUUGUUUUUUUUUUUACAAGCACUUAUGCCGCAGAAGCUAUAAAGAGUAUUCCCUAUGAUCAGCAUUAAACCUGACGGGGUCCUCCAUUAUAUAGAAUUACAGUAUGUGUUUUACAGAAAUGCAAUGAAAAUCAUGUAAGCAAAUUCAAAAGAGAAGAGCAGGUUAAGGGCCAUCUAGCUAUUAAUAGUGGUUAAUAGCCAUAGUAUGCAAUAUGCUGUUAGUGGUGGGAAAGUAUUAUUUAUUUGUAAUUAUAUUUUUUAAGUUGUUUUUUUUAACAGUUGACCAGCUUUUUUUCUCUGUAACCAUUAGCUGCUUAGCUACCUAGCAGUGUUUUUAAUCACCACUUUAAACCUUUCACUGGCUGCCACCAUUUGUAAUUUGAAUGCACAGUAUAAAUCUAAGCUAGAAAUAAACAUUAGAAAAUGCUUAAACAUGCUACUUUACUUGAAAUAUUUGUGCAUGUUUAACCUUAAUGUUCGGUGUUUUCAGUGUGCAAUAACGAAAUAAUUAACGCUGAACAUUUGUCUGAACCGGUUUGUAGUUUAAGGAACAGUAACUUUAAUUAAAUUGUCAUAUUAAUACAGGUACAGUCAUGAAAUUUGACAUCUGACCACCUAAUGGUGCUCCAAACGACCCUUCAACAUUCAGACAGUGGGAGCUGGGGAUUGAACCCAACCCCGCAGAAACACCAUCGAAUAUCCUCAAAUAAUAACAGCAUCAAGUCUUGUAAUAUCAUUCUUAAUCAGAAGCAGGCGUUGAGAGAUAAAUUAACCUGAAGAGAAACACGAUUUCAGCUUUUCUGUUCAGUUCAGGUGUAAAACUAACAAUCCUGAACAGAUUACAACCUUAAAUAUUAGAAUUUCCGCUUUGAUGCUUUCUGUUUAUACUCAUGCUUGACUCUCACUCACCAUGCUGAUAAAUUGAGGAGAAAUACUGUGCUCGGUAUUUUUGUAUUUCUUUCUUUCAUUGCCAAAAGCUCUGGCUAAAAAUGAUGUUUCCUGUGUUUCCAUAGAAAUGCAGAUGUUGGGAACAAUGGAGAUGGUAGAGGUGAUGAUUGUGUUUCAAAAAGAGAGAGACACACAAGAAAUUGCUUUUAGAGAAAUGACCAGUUCUGUACUUUUGUACAGUAAUGAAAAUACAAACACACCCAGAUCCAUCAGAUAAUUACAGUUAGGUACAAAUAAAAAAAACUGCAUGAGGAAAAGCUAUCAAGAUAAUAUGAUAAUGAAAGCAUCAGUGUUAAAUGAUAAUUACCGUCAUUUCUUUCAGGUUUAUUACACAUCAUGAUUGGAUUUUUUUUUUCUUCUGUUCACUUACAAAGGGCUCUUUAUCUGUGUUUUUAUUUCUAUUUUAAUAUUGCAUCUGCUCUCUGAGGGUUGUAUACUGCAGUCAUUUGGCCAUUUUUUCCACUGGUAAAUCUGCACAGUAUCUAUAGGGAUUUUUAUAGUCCAUUGGAUAGAUUUAUUUCUGUGCACUUUGUUGUGUUCCAUGAACACGUCUGCAAAAUUUAGGAGACGGAGUCCUGAAAGAAAGUGGAGCAACUUAAGCCCCGUUGUGGAUUUAAACACCAAAAUACCCCAUCCUCCCAUCUUUGACUUAUUUAUACAUAAUUGAAGCAUCAUUUUAUUCAAUGAUUUCAUUAAAUUCUGCAUUUUCUCGAGUGAAAUGUGAGAAUAAACUCACCCUUUCCAGUCACACGCCUUUUGUUGAAUAAUGUAUAGCUGUCGGAAAAUGCUCACAUAGGCAAUUGUCACACAGGUUCCUCCAUGAAAAAUUCAUAUGAACAUUUUAUUUUCAUUAUGCCUCGUACACCAGCUGCUUGUCCUUUGUUUCAUGUCCUUAUAUUCUAAUCAUGGAGCUGCCACGUUUUAUUCAUUCAUGGUCUGAGCAUUUCUUAUGAGGGCUUUGUUUGCUCUGUGCAAAUAUGUGUUUUCUUCCCCUCGCCCAUAUUAGUUAUAACUUCAUUGCACUAUUGGAAAUGAAUACGGUCCUACUUAAUUGGCCUUUUGAGAGUCAAUUUCAUUCCAUGCAGCCUUUCUUCCAUGGGAAGCGGGAAACACUGUAAGACGUGAACUCUUGGAUCUGAUGUGUGAUAUUAUGUUUGUACCUCUGUAAUCACAUUAUAACUCACUUGAGUGGUUUAGGUAAUAAUUGCUUUAAAAUUCUCACGUCUCCUGUAUUUACUUGCACUGGUGUAUACCAUCUCUUGGUCCUCUGCCAAUCUGGAUGACCAUUUACCUUUGUUGUCCUCUGUGUCUGUAUAACCCAGCAUUUUUGCCAUCCCUCUGAGGCCCAUAUUGUACAAAGGUCACCAUAUGGUGUAAGAGAGGUCAGUGGAAAGCUCUGCAAAGUCAUGCGACGGCAUUGACCAUAUCGCUUAUAACUAAAUGCAUUAAUGCAAACUUUGUACUUAAGCACAAUUUGUCGGUUUUUAACCUGAUUAUUUUCAUUGAUGCUUUAAUUUUCCUUCUCCAGCACAGAGGGAAAUAUUUGAUUGUUUUCUCCACUACACUAAAUUGACAGGUAGAGUUGCUCAUUACUUAAAACACAUUUUAUUUAAUAAUUAUAAAUAAACACCGCAGACUCGCAACACACAUAAGCAAGCAUAAGGUAGUGGCAGAAGUAUGUUUUAAAUGGUAAGAUCAGGGCGAAAAUGCACGUGUUUGUGAAAAACUGAGCAUGAAACCUGGAUAACACUGCACAAGCUGUUUGAGAGGGAUUUAAAUAUAUGUAAGCAGUUGUUAAACAUGGCCUCUGUCUGCUUUCAUUCUACGGGGAUUUAAUCCGUU